ACUUCCUCCUCCCCCUUCUUCUUCCCCACCAUCACCACCACCGCCGCUUCCUCCUCCGCCUCCGCCUCCACUCCACAACUCCGCCGCCGCCGCAAUGCUGGAGGCCGUGAUCCCGGCGGUGUGGAGCGCCGUCCACGGGUGGUUCACCCCCGCGGUGCUCUUCCUCGUCCUCAACAUCGUCAUCGGCACCAUCGCGGUUACUUCCAAGGUCACCGCCUCCUCCUCGACGGCGGGCGGCGGCGGCGAGGGGGUUGGGUAUGGAGCGUGGGCGGGUGGUGGUGGUGGUGGUGGAGGGGAGCAGAGGAGGUUCUCCCGCGUGCCGUCCAUGGCGCUCGACCGGCUCCGGUCGUUUAAUCUCUCCGGCCGGUUCUCCGCAGCCGCCUCUGCCCCUGCUGCUCCCGAGGCGGCCGCGGUGGUGGGCGGGGUGCUGGAUCUGGGCGCCCGCGAUGAGGCGACGACGGCGGCGGUGGUGAAGGAUGUGGGGGGCGGGAGAGAGCGCGAGGAGGAGGUGGAGGAUGAGCAGGAGCGCGCGCAGGCGGCGCAUGUGGUGGAGAGGAGCAAGUCGGAGGCGACGGCGGCGGCGGCGGACCUCCCGCGGCUGCCGGCGCGGCUGCGCAAGUCGGCCAGCGACCAGUCGGCGUUCGCGCACUUCGAGGCCGAGAAGAAGGCGGCGGCGGCGGAGGUGGAACGCGAGGCGGUGGAGGCGCGGCGCCCCGCGACGACGAGGGAGCCGCCGCGCGUGUGGCUCCGCGUGGCCGACGAGGACCCGGAGCCGGAGGAGUUCGACGACGAGGCGGAUGAUGAUGAGCCGGAGAUGGACGACGACGACGCCGACGUCGGCGCCGGCGAGGUGGACGCGCGCGCCGACGACUUCAUCAACAACUUCCGCCACCAGCUCAAGCUGCAGCGCAUCGACUCCUACCUCCGCCACCGCGACAUGCUCCGCCGCGGCCACGCCGCCGCCGCCGCCGCCGCGGUGGGCAGCGACUUGUGAGACGCGUGUGAUUUCCAGCAAUCCGAGGGGGCUAGCCGCAAAACUGCUGAUAAAAAAAAGAAGAAGAGAAAUACAGGGAGAGGAGGAAGAACUCGAGAGAGAAAAAAAUGGUAGUUUCUUUCUUUCUCCCCAUCUCUUCUGUUUUGGUUUAUUUUCUUUUUUUUUCUCCUUUCAAAAUGCUUAGUAGUAGUAUAAUAUUAUCGUAGCAUCCGACUUUUUGGAUAGAAUCUUGUGUAAUGCAGCACCAUAUCAUGUGAAAAUUUCAUCCUCAUAAGAGAUUUGGAUAAGGAUUAAUCUGGCAAUUAUGUUUCUGUAAUUAAAUUUCUUGCAAAUGGCACA